UCAAAAGCGUGUUUCAUGACAAUUGACAAACACUAAAAAAGUGAAGUAUAAAUUGGCAUUUCGAGAUGGCCAAAAUGAAGAGCAUAUCAUAAGAAAUUAAGAAGCAACAAAGAGAAAAAAUACAGAAAAGGAAAAUAGGGGAGAUCGAGACAUGGCUAGCAUGGCUGAGAAAUGGGAGCAACUUAGUGGAAAAAAUAAUUGGGAAGGGCUACUAAAUCCCUUGGAUCUUGAUCUUCGUAAAUAUCUCAUUCAGUAUGGGGAAUUGGCUCAAGCAACUUAUGAUACUUUCAUUACAGAGGAGAAGUCAAAAAAUGCAGGAGCUAGUAGAUACUCAAUGGAGAAUCUUUUUACUAGGGUCGGACUUGAUCCAUUGAAAUAUCGCGUAACCAAAUUUUUCUAUGCUACCUCAUCGAUUCCACUUCCUGAUGGUUUAUUUGUAAGAUCAUUGUCAUUGGAAGCAUGGAGUAAGGAAUCAAAUUUUAUGGGGUAUGUAGCUGUGGCUACUGAUGAGGGUAAAGUUGAACUGGGAAGGAGGGAUAUUGUGAUUGCUUGGCGAGGAACUAUGGAGAAGUUGGAGUGGGUUAAUAACUUUCAAUUUGCAGCUGUCCCAGCACCCAAAGUCUUUGGUGAUCGAGGUUUGCUUCAUUUGCUCCAACCUUUGGUACAUCACGGCUUCUACAACAUUUAUACAACAAAUAAUCCACGAUCACAGUUUAAUCAUACUAGUGCCAGGGAUCAGGUAAUUGAAGAAGUGAAAAGAUUGGUUGAGGAAUAUAAGAAUGAAGAGGUUAGUAUUACUGUAACUGGCCAUAGCCUAGGUGCGUCACUUGCAACCCUAAACGCGGUUGACAUAGCUUUCAAUGGUAUCAACAAAACAAGUGAAGGCAGGGAAUUUCCAGUGACAGCUUUUGCAUUCGCAAGUCCUAAAGUUGGGGAUCUCAAAUUUAAGGCAGCAUUUGACAAACUGAAAAGUGUCCGUACUUUGAGAAUCCAUAAUCUAUGGGAUGUUGUUCCGAAGGUACCACCAAUUGGCUAUAUAGACGUGGGCGAGGAACUAAUGAUUGACACCACAAAAUCCCCAUAUGUAAAGCCUCCUGGAGAAGUUGUUAGCUGGCAUUUGUUGGAGCCAUACUUGCAUGGAAUUGCAGGGACUCAAGGUUUAAGAGGUUUUAAACUAGAAGUGGAUCGUGAUAUCUCACUUGUCAACAAGCAGUGGGACAUACUAAAAGAUGAAUAUGGAAUUCCCGGGCGUUGGUUGGUUGAGAAGAACAAAGGAAUGGUUCAACAAAAAGAUGGAUCUUGGCUUCUCAUGGAUCGCGAGGAGUAUGACUUCUAGAGAGCUUUGGAGUUUAAAACUGGGAUUGUUCCCAUCAAAAUAAUGUUUGAAUUAAUGAUAAUAAUAUUAGUAAUGCUUGAACAAAUGGAUUUCAUGAGUACGUACCUCAUGAAAACACAGGACAUCAUAUACUGAAUACUAUGUAUUAUGGUUUCUCUUAAUUACCACAGAGGAUAAACUUGUAUGUCGAUCUAUUUCUAUUUAUUGUUUAAUAAGAGUUUUAAUUUGUGUAUCCA